AUUCCUAGUCAUUACACCAUCGAGAAGUUCAUUGCUGGGUACAUGGGGGUUGACUCGAUCAAGCAUGAUAUGUGUCCAGAUACCUGCGUGGCCUUCACUGGCCCAUAUUCUUCACUUGACAUGUGCCCCAUAUGCAGCGGAGAUCGCUACGACUGUAUCAGACUAUGCACUAGUGGGGGGAGGUCUCAUGUGACCCAUCAGAAAUUUGUCACCAUACCACUUGGCCCACAGUUGCAGGCUCUCUGGCGCAAUUCACAGCAUGCCAAAGAUAUUGGGUAUCUGCGAGAGGAGACG